AUGAUGGCGGCGCAGCACCUUUCAGAGCAGCCAUUUUCGAGUGCCGAUCCCUCUCGCAGUACCGGCGUUAAGGAGCUCGAACUUCUCGAUAGUUAUUGGGAGGGGCAGACAAUGCGACAGCUCACUAAGGUGCGGAACCAUGAGCUGCCGCUGAUCUCAGCGCUUUUGCUGCUUCUUGCCGAUUGUUUGAAUGGAGAUUUUGACUCAUUGGCGUUAUUAGAUGGCUAUGAUACCGCAUUGCUAUACUCCAUAGAUAACAUGACAUGUGCUGCAGAUACGAUUACUGAGAUAUGCUACCGGACUCUUCUCCACUUGAUGGCCGUGUCCGAUAACCAGCUCAAUCUUCAUAAGUUUGGUUCGAGGUUUUGCAGCAAGAAUAUGAGGAGUCCGUUCACGGUGCAUAAGACUGGCGAAUUCCCAUGUGUGCACGCAGCCUUGCUCAAUCCAGUCCUCGUUGUGAGAUUCGCCACAUCCGGCGCUCGAGUGAGCAGCUGCUGGCUGUCUACGUCUUCGAGCACUAGAAAGUCGGGUGAAAUUUUGACUUUGCAGACUGUGUUCGGCAAGCGGAAGCUCAGAGUGAUCCGUGAUAAUCUGGACAAGCGCCGAGUCUGGGCAUCGCAGCAAAAAGGCACUCGUAAAGUCGAAGCUAACGAUAAAUUUCGUCUAUCAGAGCGGCUGCCACGCAUAUUUUUGACUGAAAUACCUGAUCAAAACAAGACUUUAGGCUUGUAUGGAGCGGUGCUACCAGCGCAUGAAAUGCUGCAAAUGAAGUCAAGGCUGCGUCGAGUGGUCCUGUUGGCUGCGUUCACAAUCGGCGACUUCAAGUCCGAAUCAACCAGGGUAGAGGGGCGAUCAGCGAUCGCCAUGUCAAUUCAAGUGCCUCUUUGGAGCGCAUCAUUUACCUCGCUAAGCUUCCGCUUCGAGGAAUCCAAUGAAAUGGACUGUAUUACUGAAGGUCGUGCACUUUUGAGUUCGCUGUGUCUUGAUCUGCCUCUUCAUCAACGAAGUUUCGCUUUCAUAGAAGUUAACUCCACUCGCAUUCAGUCCUCCAGUAAAGCUCAUUUUGACUUCAUUACUAGGCUAUUGAGGAUGAUAAUGGUCUUAUCUGGAUGGAGUAGUGACUCCCGCCUAGUAUCAAUCGCUCCCAGUUGUAGAACAACAAUGCAAGUCAUGAAUGGUAGAAAGACUUCCACGAGUGGCCAAAGGAAGCUAGGCGCUGACAAGGGGGCUCUCGAGUGCGGAGCCAAGGCUCUUAUGAUGGGCGCCCAUUUGUCAGUGUCCUCACCAGUAUCCGCAAUUCUCAUAUCAGAGACACUUACCACGCCAUUCUUGCAGGUCAGUUGGCGAAUUUUGUCAGCCUCCGCUCUGAAUCCAGGCCUGCGCGGAUGGACGUCCGAUUUCUCAUAUCUGGCAAAUCCCGCUGUUCGUGGUAUUGGUGAGGUCGCUCAGUAUGUCGAGCGCAAAGCGAAAAUUGUUGUGACAUUCGCAGCAAGGCCAACGAAGCAAUUUCAGAUCCAUCAAUUCCGAGUGGUGAGGAGCAUACUUCAUCCAGUAUGA